GCUGUUUUCCAGUCAAUGGCCGCGUUCCUGAAACAUCCCGGCCGCAGGGUGGCGCUGUUCGGAUACAAGUCCGCGGCUUCAAAGUCAGCCGAGCAGCAGCAGCAGAGUGGAGGCCCGUCCAUUGAAAGUCGGAAGUUGUCUUUUAGGUUGCUGAAACUUUCCAAAAUGGCAGAGGACAGCACUUAUGAGUCGAUGCUGUGCGUGAAGCCAGAGGUCCAUGUUUACCGAAUCCCGCCGCGGGCCUCCAAUCGUGGAUAUCGCGCUGCUGACUGGAAGCUGGAUGAACCAGCGUGGAGCGGGAGGCUGAAAAUCACCGCCAAAGACAAGAAGGCCUUUAUCAAGUUGGAGGACAGAAACACAGGAGAGCUGUAUGCACAAGCCCCGGUUGAGCAGUAUCCAGGCAUCACAGUGGAGGCCGUCACAGACUCCAGCCGGUACUUUGUCAUCCGGAUAGAGGACGGAACGGGACGUCACGCUUUCAUCGGUUUGGGUUUUGCAGACCGUGGAGACUCGUUUGACUUCAAUGUGGCUUUACAAGAUCAUUUUAAGUGGGUGAAACAAGAAGGGGAUCUUGCGAAACUGGAGGCGUCUCAGAGUUCAGCGCCUAAACUGGACCUGAGCUUCAAGGAGGGACAGACCAUCAAGAUCAGCAUCGGGAACAUCAAGAAGAAAGACGUAGGCGGCGCCAAGCCGCGUCCUCUGGGUGGCGGUCUGCUCCCUCCUCCUCCCGGAGGAAAAGCUGGCGGCGGUGUCCUGCCUCCGCCUGGAGGACUGCAGACCGUCCCAGCUGCUCAGCCCAGCACCGCUCCGCUGUUGGACUUGGGUUCUCCGGUCGCUGCGGCCCAGCCCAGCUCUGACAUGUGGGGGGAUUUCACAUCUGCUGGCUCCAACUCCAACCAAGACGCCGCCAAGUCAGGAUGGGUGCAGUUCAGCUGAGCUGUGAGAAACAAAAAGGCCUCCUCUCAGGUUCCUUACAUUCCUGCAGACAGGACGAUUGUUGACAUAAAGAGGCUUGAGAAUAGAGGACGUGUGCGGAGAUUUUACAGGUUCAUUGGUGAAUUUUCUCUGCUCUGGUGCAGAGCCGCCCGCUGACCAACACACUCUAAAGGAACAAAAAGUUAAAGUGGAUAUUUUUACAGCUCUCCUUUUUCACUCUCUGCUAUGCAGUAGUUUACUUUUUAAAACAAGGGAAACGUCGUCUUGUCACACUAACUGUGUAAGAUAUUUAUUCGCCGCCUUUAAUGGAUUGUUCCUUGAUUUUUCUAGCUCUGCGUAGUCGUUUCACUGACCUCCUCCGAUCAGAUUCGUCGUCUCUCUUUGUGACAUCGCGGUUUGUUUUCCUGUCCCAGAACGAUCUCCUCACGCCAACGUCACUCAUCUCAAACGUUCAUGUUGGGAGAAAGUGUCCCUCGUUCCUCCGGCUGUAAAACAGCGCUUCUGUUCUCGUUUGUUUUGUUUUUAUUCGCGACUUGUUUUAAUAAAUCACAAAACCUCUCUUAAUGUUCAGUUUUAGGUUACUCUGUUUCUUUUAAAUCAUCUUCGGGGUGAAGAAUCGAUUCUCAUGCUUUCAGUUAUGAUCGUAUAAAUGCCUCAUUUAUGUCUAUCCUUUCUGGGUCGUGCCUUUUACCCAAAAUGAAAUCUGCUUUUCUUUUUCCUCCUGAUGAAGUGCCUUCCUGGGAAGACCCCUGAAAUAUAUAAAAAAUGUAAAUAAAGUGUAUAUUUGACAGGUUUCUUGUUUUAUUUUGAUAGUCGAAUCGUCGUAGAGAAUAAUCUCUGUUUGAUCCUCUUCACAGCUCAGAUUUACAGCUGCAGAAUCACUUUAUGCAAAAACAUCUGGAGUUUGAUGUUGGUAUUCUCACCGGAAAAGGAAAAUAUGAGCAGAGAAAAAUAUUUAUAUUUUAAGACUUGAUUUCUCUUCCUGUUGCCUAAAUGUUGUUUUUCCCAUUCUUUCCUCCCUCCUUCCUUGUAUUUGUCAUUCCUUUCUUUUUCUCCUCCUGUCUUUUUUAUUCCUUUGUUCUUCCUUUCAUUCAGUGGUAUUCUGUCGUUUUUUCUGUCCCCUUCUUUCCAUCGCUGCUUUGUGAAAUUUAUUCUGUUCUUUAUUCUACACUUUUCCUUAUUUUUGUUCUUCCUUCUUCCAUCUUUCUUUUCUCCUUUCUUUCCUUUUCUAAACAUCCUUCCUUCACUCCUUUCCUUUAUUGUCUUCCUUACUUUCUUGUUUCAUUUGUUUCUUUCCUUAGUUUUUGUUCCCUUUGUGUCUUUUCGUUUCCUGUGUGUGAACGCAAUAAAUUUGUAGGUACUUUCUCGUUCAAACAUCUCUAAAACACAUUUCAUGCAUAUUUUUGUUUUAUUCUCUUUAAAUUAAAUAGUUUCCCUUUGUUCAUCAAAUAAUAAUUCUACUAUUAUAUAAUAUAUAAUUAAUUAUAAUGUAAUUAAUUAUAUUAUAAUAAAUAAUUUAUAUUUUACCAAUAUGAAUUGAUUCUGAACAAAAAUGUAUUUUAGUAACGCAGGUUAAGCUCUUUACAACCAGUGUGUGAUGCACCAGCACAAAUUAAUCAGUUAUAAAUGUGAUUUAAUUAUAUUUUUUUAUCAUUUAUAAUCUUAAAAGUGCUUUUCUAUGUUUAUGUAUCAGCCUCCUUUACUUUGAUAUUCCUAAAUAAAAUAUUA